AUGGGAGAAGAGGAUAAAAGUAGAGAGAAAAGUUGGGCCCUGGGAUGUCGGCCUCGGCUUUGCACAUGUUCCCUUUUCCCCUGUCCGGCCUCCAGCCCCGCGCCAGCACCCACCUGGGCCUCUCCUCGCCUUCUCCUCCUCCGGCGAUGCUCACCGCCAGGUGCGCUGAGGAGCCCGACUCCUGGGACCUGCGAACAAGCGGGCAGGAGGCUGGUGGGUGGAUGGGAUGGUGAGACGGAGGGGAGGGAGGAGGGAGGGGGAGGACCUGCGGCGCUGCCUUGGGCGCCCCCGGCCCCGGCCCGGCUCUUCCCGCCCCCACGGCCGCCCCCGCCCCGCCGACCACCCCUGGGCAGCCGGGAUGCAGGGGAGCUGGGGGCUGCGGGGAGCUGUCGCGGGGCGCAGGCUCCCACUCCCCGAGGGUCUCCGCCUGGGCCCGCCCCCGGCCGGCCGGCCGCCGCUGCGCACCCCGGGACGGCCACCUGCUGCCUCGGCCUGCGCGGCGACCGCGGGGCCGGGAGCCGCCGCCCCCCGACCACGGGCCCCGCGGACCCGGGCCGCCGCCCCCCUCACCUGCUCCGCCCCUGCUCUCCGCGCUGCCCGGGCCGCCGCGCGCUCUGCGCCACCACGAACAGGUGCCUGGGCCGGGGAUGGCGCCCGGAGGGAGUGAGCCAGGGCAGGUCCGGAGCCCCCCGAGGGGUGUGA